AUGCCUGGUUCAAUUGCUAUUAGCGAUGGUGCGACCGCCCAUGCCGAUACGGCGCUGGAGAAUAUGGGAUACAAGUCGGAACUUCCUAGAUCUCUGUCUAUGAUGUCUAUUCUCGGACUUUCUUUUGCUAUCAUGGCUGUCCCAUUCGGUCUCUCCACAACCAUGGCGAUUUCCUUGACUGAUGGUCAGUCAGUCACUGUGCUAUACGGAUGGAUCUUUGUUUCUAUCAUUUCACUGAGUAUCGCCGCCUCUCUGGCCGAGAUCUGUGCCGUGUAUCCAACAUCGGGGGGUGUAUAUUACUGGUCUGCUAUGUUGUCCACCAAGGCCUACGCACCCUUGGUCUCCUGGACUACGGGAUGGUUCACGCUGGUAGGCAACUGGACAGUCACACUGAGUAUUAACUUUUCCGGCGCUCAAUUGAUUCUAUCUGCCAUUACAAUCUUCAAUCCAGAUUUCAUCGCCACUCAAUGGCAAGUGGUCCUAACCUUCUGGGCCGUUAUGUCCGUUGUCUUUCUCGUCAAUGUCUUCCUCGCCAAGUACCUUGACUUGAUAAACAAGAUCUGCAUAUACUGGACUUCUGCUUCGGUCAUCAUCAUCAUCGUUACUAUAUUGGUCAUGGCAGAUGAGCGAAGAAGCGCUGAAUUCGUCUUUACUCACUUCGAUGCUUCGGCUAGUGGUUGGCCGUCUGGGUGGGCUUGGUUCGUUGGUCUUCUUCAAGCUGCUUAUACUCUUACUGGAUACGGCAUGGUUGCCUCGAUGUGCGAAGAAGUCCAAAAUCCAGGACGGGAAGUUCCAAAAGCAAUUGUCCUCUCCGUAGCAGCCGCUGGUUUCACGGGUGUGAUCUACCUGAUCCCCAUCCUCUUCGUCCUUCCAGACGUCUCUCUUCUCCUCAGCGCCGCAAACGGCCAACCCAUCGGCCUAAUCUUCAAGAUCGCCACCGGCUCCGCGGGCGGUGGUUUCGCCCUGCUCUUCCUCAUCCUCGGUAUCCUUUUCUUUGCCGGUGUGGGCUCCUUGACAGCCGCAUCCCGCUGCACCUACGCUUUUGCCCGCGACGGCGCCAUCCCCUUCUCCUCCCUGUGGAAGCGCGUGGACAAGCGCUUCAACAUCCCACUCCUUGGGCUCGUGCUUUCGACAGUCGUAGACUGCAUCCUCGGCUGCAUCUACUUCGGAUCCACGUCCGCCUUCAACGCCUUUACCGGCGUAGCCACCAUCUGUUUGUCCGUGUCCUACGGCAUUCCCAUCCUAGUCUCCCUCCUCCGCGGCCGUCGUGCAGUCCGGCACUCGACGUUCUCUCUUGGAAAAUUCGGCUUCUUCAUCAAUGCCGCGACCAUCUGCUGGAUAGCCCUCGCCAUUGUACUGUUCUGCAUGCCCACGGCGAUUCCGGUCACGGGCACGAGCAUGAAUUAUGCGAGUGUGGUGUUCACGGGCUUCGCGAUGAUUAGCGUAGCGUGGUACAUUAUCAGUGGACGUAGGAAUUUCACGGGGCCUCCCGUGCCGGAGGAUAUCGUGCCCGUGCAUAAAGGGCAGGUUAUUGGUGGUAUCGGGAAGACGCUGACAAGAGAUGGGGAUGAGGGGGCGACGCAUAGCGGGAGCGACGGGGAAAAGGGCUCGGUGGACAAGAUUCAGAUGUGA